AUGAACGACAUUGCCAACAACAGCGUAACCAACAAUCUAAACAACAACAUCAUCAACAACAACAAAUACAACAACACCAGCAUCAACAACAACUUCAUUUCAAACAUGGCCGCCGACAGCAACUUAAGCAACGAAACUUAUAACAUUAAGUUCAUAGAAACCAUGAAUGACAACUGCGUUAUCUUAAAUAAUAAUUUGCCUGAUGUCACCAACAAAGAAGUAAACAGAAACACCAAUUUAAAUUGUUGCAACAACGUCAAUGAUAACAACAAAACCACCCUGAACCACAGAACCAACACUCAUCUCAAAUGUUGCCCGUGUAAUUGCAUCACGUUCAACGAAAGCAGCACUUCAAAAAACAACACCAACGCCAUGAAUAACGACAACAUCAACAGUGAUGUCACGAAUACAUUGUCAUCGAUGAUGACGCAACAAAUGUAUUGCAUGCAAUAA